CCUAGCCGGCCCGCAAAUAUCGCGGAUUCCCCAGACUGCACCACCUCUCUGCUCGCCCUCCAGGUCCACAUCUUUUCAUCUCACCCCCAAGGUCAACGUUGCCAGGCACACGCUUCUUCAUACUGCCUCUUGCGGGUCUCCCUUGUCCAUCUUCCCACGUCCCUGAGGCUGUUUCCAUGGACGACGCUCCUUCCGCAACCUGGCUAUCGAGCCCUGCAGAUUACGAGUGGUAGUGUCUGCGAUAUUCAACCCGGACAGGUCUCGCCGAUUUCUGGCAAACGUCAUUUUCCACUACGCCCAGCUGUCCAACUCACCAUUUCUGACCGUCCAACACCUUGCUGUCUUUUCUUGGAAUCUUCUGUCUUUCGCCGGGACACCGUAAAGCCAUGUCGCCUCCAAUAUCUCCACCACCGCAGCAAUCAUAUGCGACAAACCUCGAUGAGGUCAGACUCCCCAGAGGCCAGUGCAGGUACAUCUUGCUUAAUCCCGAGAUCAAAGGGCAAAGAUGUGCCUGCAUAUGCUUCACGCUCAAUCACGACCAUCCUGGUGUUGUCUGCCAGUGCGGGCAUCAGUCUUGCUACCACCUCAAGGACCUAGAGUCUCCGACUGGCACAAGUGAAGUCGAGCGUCUUCGUCAGAGAGUCCAGGCUUUGGAACGGCAACUCGAUCGCGACUAUCAGGGGGGCAUAGGCGGAGAUCUGGGCAUGAUUGUUAAGCGCCUUGGCGAGUUGGAAGAAAUGGUAGAGAGGCAUAAGGAAGAGGCUGCUGCCGACAUCAAAGGUUGCUACCGCAACGUUUCAAGGACUUGGCAGUCCAUCGACCAGGUCGCCAAGCGGCAAAAGCUACAGGAUACAAUACUGGAUGAGCGGCUCGACGACCACGCGGACAACAUUUCAAGACUUGACGAGAGGUUCCGAGAACUCAACGAAGCAUCUAUAUCUCUCGAGGAACGAAUCGAGUCACUAGAAGAACCCAGAUCUGACAUGGAUGCUCCUCAGUCGACGUCGUCAUCGCCAAGCCAGCAUACCUACAGAGAUCCUAUAUCCCCGAUCCAGCCACGCGUUGACUCCUCGCGUAAAGAACUCCACCCCACGCUCGAAAGCGAGACUAGGAGUAUGACAAAUAAAACCAGGACUGUCGUAACACCGUCAAAUAUGACCGGCCCCGUGCAAGAUUGGACGGUCCACGUGUCCCUGCUCCCCUCAAUCUCGCAGCCGUUCCCCUUUGAGAAGGAUACCAGGGCCUACAAACGCUGUCUUUCCCGUGGACUUCACCAGAUGAUUGCCGUCAGCGGACGGGACGGUCAAUCGUUCGUGUCGGCGGUGUCGAGUGCUUUCAGCCAUGUGCUCCAGGGGCGAGAGUGGGUACCAUUCCACGCUCGUCUUUGCGAUACACACCCGCUCGCAGGACUUCCGAUGUUGCGCCCAUUGGACCCAACAUUAGCUGUGCCACACAGCUAUACACAUGAGUUUCUCGUCAAGCAUUGUGCCGUCAUGGCCGCAGACGGACGGAUAGAUUCACUAUACAUCGCCUUGCGACAUAACGACUUGACCUGGGAGGAGCUACGCGCGGCACCAGUAUUCCUCAAAGGCCUCGAAUCGAGCUGGGAUCAUGAUCCUCGACUCGCUCCUGCAUCAUUAUCAUUUAGCUGUCAGCCGGCCUCAAGCCCAACGCCUCACUUUGCCCGUCCCGUGCCAAAGAAGAGACACGCAGCCGAGAUGUCUCAAGGUUCUGAGCCCUAUACAGACUUGCAAAGCGCUGAAGGGCCCCGAACAACACCAGCGACAGCCUUGGUUAACACAACGGCCGACACGAGAACCGUGACGACUGAAGGCAGUGACAGUGAGGACUAUGCGCGUGCAGCCAAGGUUCCACGCACCAAUUACGACUUGCCUGUAUCCCUGAAGAUGCGCCCACAUGGAGAAGCUACAGCGAUAGCUUAGGGACCUUAUGACUAUAUAUAUUUGAUUUGAAGAUACUCACACGGCAUUUAGACGGACGGCUUAGCGACACGAGACGACUUUGAAACUUUCUUUUUCAGAUUUAGCAAUUUGGGCUUGGAUUCACAUGGAUGUCUGUGCCGAAGAACAAGAUGUGGAUCAUCAGCGGAGGGCAGGACGAUGUGUCCUGCCAGGGUUGGCGUUCUACAGGCGUUAGAUAUGAGAAAAGCGCUGCUCGCUUGUCAGCCAAAGAUGACUUGAUGAACACUUAGAUGAAAAUAUGGAGUCUUCCAAAACCGGUCCA